CAAGCGAAACCUUCUCACUUUGAAAGCUGUUGAAGCGCGAUAUUUACGCUGACUGAGAUUUAUGGAUGGACUUACUUUUUUUUUUAACUGCAAACCAAGCGAUAGAUUUGCGCAAUCAAAGGUAAUCCGAAUGUGAUAAGCAUCAGUAUUGUUGAUACUUUGUUUUUGUUUGGCUGUUAUCGUAAACUGAGUCCCUCACACGUUGGAUAUUGUGUUACGGUUGUAUGAACAUGCGAAUUUGCGUGUAUUAAAAAUCUUAGUAAAUUGCAAUUUGGAUAAACUGGCGAACUGCGUCCAAGAAAAAGCGUUAAACGUGAUACAAGGGUAAAUACACCCCUUCACCACACAGUCGCCAAGCAAAUGAACUGUUGACAUGCCACCUGGGAUGGUGUGUGUUUUCUGUUGUUUUUUCUCAAUACUGUUUGGCCGCAUGGUCACCCAGAGCUCUGCUUUCUCCAGCCGCUACCCUACUUUCUUCCGCAAUGACUCCUACUUUGAGCACAUAGCUUUGCACCCUGAUCCUGCAUUGGGUCGGGUCUAUUUAGGCGCCCGUGAUCGGAUUUACCAGCUUUCUAUCAAGCUUGAGCUUGAGGCAGAGGAAGAGACGGGGCCUGUGAUGGACAGCCGUGACUGCCUACCUCCGAUUAGUGAAGCCAGCUGCCCUCAGGCAAAAUGGACUAGCAACCACAACAAGCUACUACUUGUGGAUCCUUACAGUCAGGAGCUCAUUAGUUGUGGAAGUGUUUAUCAAGGAAUAUGUCAGAAAAGAAGUUUGAAUGCAUUGGGGAAAGUACUGUUCUCAGCUGAGAGGCCUGUGGAUACACAGUAUGUGGCAGCUAAUGACCCCAAUAUCUCUACAGUAGGACUGGUAGCGCUCACACGAGGGCGUGGGAAACAGCAGCCAGUGCUGUUUGUGGGACAUGGUUAUACUAGCAGCCAACCCCCAAUCUCUACUCGUAAUUUGGCUAUGGAUCCUGUUUUCUCAUAUGAAGAAACUUCAAAGUUAGCAGUGGCAGGGAGACUUUCUGAGUACGACCAUCAUUUUGUGACAUCAUUUACCCAUCACUCGCAUGUAUACUUCCUGUUCUACCGGAGGGAUUUAAAGUCACAGUCAAGAGAAUAUCGCACAUAUGUUUCCCGUAUGUGUUUGGAUGAUGCUGCAUAUUAUUCAUAUGUAGAAGUUCCAUUAACCUGCAUAUCAGCUGGAGGAAAGAAUUACAACCUCCUGCAAGCUUUGCAAGUAGGUGUGCCAAAGUUGGGUAAGGCUAGGGGAAUGGAAGGUAUUUCUUCUUCAGCACAAGGGGUUCUAUUGGGGGUGUUUUCGACCUGUUUUGCUGCUUCUAGUCGGCCCAGUGAAGAGUCUGCAGUAUGUGUGUUUUCACUGGAAGAAGUGGAUAAACGUAUCAAUGCUACAAGAGAUCUGUGCUACACUGAAAUGGGUCGUGCAGAUGGACAAGAGGCUGCCUACAUUGAGUAUGAGGUCAAAUCAAACUGUGCCAAUCUUCCAGUGAACACACUGGAUGCUUACCCAUGUGGCUCUGAUCACACCCCUAGCCCAAUGGCAAGCUGGGUGCCUGUGGAGGCUGAGCCAAUAUUUGACAGCCCAUCUGUCCGUCUCACUGCUGUCGCUGUGAGUGUAAGGGAGGAACAUACUAUUGCCUUUAUAGGAGACUCCCAAGGAAACUUACACAAGGUGUUUCUGGGUCCAAACGGUGAGGUGGAAGAAUAUGCCAUAAUCUCCAUUCAGCCUAAUGCACCAAUCAGCAGAGAGCUCAGGCUUGACCAACAAGAGAAGUAUCUGUACAUCUUGACAAGCAACAUGGUCGAGAAGAGGCCUGUAGCAGAAUGUCAGAUGCAUUCAGACUGUCAGUCCUGCCUGUUAACUCAUGAUCCAUACUGUGGCUGGUGUGUUCUUGAGGGGAAGUGUGGGCUGCGUAGUGAGUGUGCACGUGGGGGUUGGAAAGAUCAGUGGCUUUGGAGCUUUGACGUGGAGCAACAAUGCCUGAGUGUUGAGCUCUUCAAUCCAUCCAACAUCAGCCGACAGGAGAGAAGAAAUAUUUCUUUAUCCAUCCUUGGCCUCCCCUUUCUGGGCGAAGGAGAGUAUUACUCUUGUGUCUUCCAGGACAGCUCAAGUUUGGCUGUUGUCACAGAGGCUGGUGUCACCUGCUCCUCCCCAGAAAUACACACAUUGCCAGCUGUGCCACCUGGUCAAGAUUUUGUAAGAGUCACUCUGUCCCUACAGUUCAGUGAUGUUGUUGUGACUUCUCUGGAUUUUACCUUUUAUGACUGCACAGCUGUUAAGCAGCUCGCUGGGAGCAUGCCCUGCCAUGGUUGUGUGCAAAGCCACUGGGGAUGCAACUGGUGUGUGCACCAGCAUAAGUGUACCCACAAAGCUAUGUGUGAUGAGGGACUGAUCAUCUAUAAUGAACAUUGGAAAUCUCUCCACACCCAACCUCCUGCAACCAAAGCCCCUAAAACUGCAUUCACGGCCUCACCAGUCACAACACAAAAGGUCUCUGAAACCAUGGCUUAUACUAAAACUCCAACUACUAAACCUGAAACUAUAACUACUGCACUGGAAUCACUAACCACCCCUGCACCUGUGAAACCAAUACCACCAACUGAGGUUUCUUCCUUUUUCAAGCCAUCUGCCGCUCCCAAAAGUGCCUUUCUCCCCUCUUCCACAGCUGGAACCCUGGCUACCACAGUACGGCCAGCCUUCACACUUUCUUUGCCAGAGGAGAACAUUUCAGAAAAAAAGCUUUUAGUUACAAAACCUGAAGUGGAGGUUUUGAGUGAGAUGGACACCGAUGCGGUUACACUUUCCAGUUUGGAAGUAUCUUUAAAAACUGACUUACCGUCACUCAUCGAAUCUGACGAGGAGAAAAGAAUAUCACUGCCAUCGUCACCGGGUUCAAGUCAGACAUUCACUCUCACAGAAAUUCCAAGACUAGUGCUGACAUCCACACAUGAUCCUCCACACAUUUCAACAGAAACACUGUAUUUCGCUCACCCCACAAAUGAAACGCAAUCUACUGUUUUACCUGCAAAUCCUGAACCGGACAUGUCUGAUGACCUUUUGCCCUCAUCCGAGAGAGCGUCACCUGCUAUGCCUUCAGAGAAGAGGAUUUUCACUGUCCAUGAAGUGGAGGAAACCAAAGAGGUGGAAUUGGCAGAGAAUGAAACGGCUACAUUUUCUGCAUCUACAAUCUUAUCAGGGGAUGGAGAAUCAGAUGGUGAUGCCCCAAUAUACCUCCACCUCCUGAGAACUGACUUAGAAGCUGAUUACCAGGAUGACUUGGCAGACCUAUCGGCUGAUGAAGGCUCAUUUGUCAAUUGGGGGGCAUCUGCCUGCCCGUGUGUGGAGAAGAUUCAAGGAUCCUCUUUGCUUCCUGUACAAACCGAUAGGAAGAUUUCUCUGCUGGCCCGCAAUUUGCAGCUCUAUCAGGACCAGGAACUGGAGUAUGAGUGCGUAUUGGUGAUCGAGGAGCAAACGGUGGUAGUUGAUGCCGAUGUGCAGGUGAAUGAGGCGAAUCCUUCACUGUUUGACAUCACCUGUCUUGCUCACCAGUAUUCCUAUUCUGAUCCAGUUAAGGAGUAUAAUGCCAUGGUGUAUGUGAAGAGAAAAGACACUUUUCAUAUUGAUAGCACUGAUCUUUAUGUGACGUUGUAUAACUGUUCAGUUGGACACUCAGACUGUAGCCGCUGUCGCUCUGCAGAUCAGAAAUACAGCUGUGUGUGGUGUGGAACUCUUCAGUCCAGUUGUGUUCACAGAGGGUCCUGUUUCCAACACAUCGAACUGACCUGUCCUGCUCCUCUCAUUCAUUCGGUGGAGCCUCUGUCAGGUUUGGUGGAGGGAGGCAUUACUUUAACUAUUUCUGGGUCUAACUUGGGGCAAAAAGCUCAGGAUGUCCUACAGUCUGUUACUGUCGCGGGUGUGCCCUGCACUGUUAUACCACACCUGUAUGAAAUAUCCUCCAGAAUUGUAUGUUUAACUACAUCAAGUGGAGAGGAGAAGUCAGGUCACAUCUCAGUGAAAAUCACGGGUGGAGGAUUUGGCCUGUCAAGUCAGCGAUUUUGCUACCAGGACCCUCAGCUGAUGGAAGUUUCUCCUCAAAGGGGACCACAGGCAGGUGGAACAAUUCUAACCAUCACAGGCAGAAAUCUGUUGACUGGUCCUGUUGCUGACAUCAGUGUCCUGCUGGGGAAUGUGCCAUGUACAUUAGUUUCUGGAGUUCAGGAGUACAAUAUCAAGUGUCUUACCGGCACUAGUAACCAGACAGGAGAACACAGGGUGACUGUGCGCUACGGAAACAGUGAUCGACAUCUCCAUGGCAAUGGUUACCACUACACCCCUGACCCAAACAUUACUCAUGCCAUGCCCUCGAAGAGCUUUAUGAGUGGUGGUCGUGUAAUUGAAGUUUUGGGCCAGAAUCUUGAUGUUGUUCAGGACCCACGGAUGCGAGUGACGGUGGUCCCCAUAGACUCCAUCUCCCACUGGAGGAAACGCAGGCAAAAGAGAAGAUCUAGAAGGAGUGACCACUACACUAUCAAACAGUUUGAAGAGCAUUGUGAGGUGAAAACCUCUUCUCUGCUUCUUUGCCGGACCCCUUGUGUAGAUGCUCAAGUAGUUGGUGCGCACAUGCAGGUGGAGUUUCUGUUGGAUAACUUGCGCUUUAACUUUAACUCAGUCAGCCAAUCAGCCUUCACCUAUGAACCUAACCCGACCCUCCAUCCCCUGAACCGCCACGAUCGCACAAAACCAUUUCGCUACAAACCUGGAUCUGUGAUAUCGGUGGAGGGGGACAAUUUAGAUGUGGCCAUCUCUAAAGAGGAAGUGGUUGCACUGAUUGGUGAGGGGGUUUGUGCUGUUAAAACUCUAACACAUAAUCACCUGUACUGUGAGCCACCGGCCCUGCAGCCCCCACCCUCCCUUAGGCAUGAACGUAAGCGGGAGGGAUCUGACUCUUUUCCAGAAUUUACAGUGCAUAUGGGAAACCUGAACUUUUCCCUGGGACAAGUGCAAUAUGAUUCUUUCAGUCACUCCACCUUUCCACUGGUGGCACAGAUCGGGGUUGGAGCAGUUGCUUCUCUUGUUGCCCUUAUUGUUCUCAUGAUUGUGUUUAUAUACAGGAGAAAGAGUAAACAAGCUCUGAGAGAUUUUAAGAAGGUGCAGAUCCAGCUGGAGAAUCUGGAGACCAGUGUGAGAGACCGCUGCAAAAAAGAGUUCACAGACCUGAUGACUGAAAUGAUGGAUAUGACGAGUGAUCUGGUGGGAUCAGGGAUUCCGUUCUUGGAGUACCGUAUGUAUGCUGAACGCAUCUUUUUCCCGGGACAUCGUGAGUCCCCGCUUCGCAGAGACCUGGAUGUGCAGGAGUGUCGACGGCCCACAGUCGAGCAGGGACUCAUCCAGUUAUCAAAUCUCCUCAACAGCAAACUCUUCCUCACAAAGUUCAUCCACACUCUUGAGAGCCAGAGGACAUUUUCACCCAGAGACAGAGGAUAUGUUGCAUCUCUGCUCACUGUAGCUCUUCACAGCAAACUAGAGUACUUCACCGACAUUCUCAAAACCCUGUUAAAUGACCUGGUGGCACAGUAUGUUGCCAAGAACCCCAAGCUCAUGCUCCGUAGAACCGAGACAGUAGUUGAAAAGCUCCUGACCAACUGGAUGUCUAUCUGUCUCUAUGCUUUUUUAAGGGAAUCAGCUGGUGAGUCUCUGUACAUGCUCUUCAGAGCAAUUAAACACCAGGUGGAUAAGGGGCCAGUGGAUGCAAUGACUGGCAAAGCCAAAUACACCUUAAAUGAUAACCGUUUACUGAGAGAGGACCUGGAAUACCACACUCUGACACUGAAUGUCUUGAUGCAGGAAAUUGGUAUGAAUGAGGCUCAGCCAGUUCCUGCUAAAGUUUUGGAUUGUGACACUAUAACCCAGGUGAAGGAGAAGAUACUAGACCAGGUGUUCAAGGGCACAUCAUACUCACAUAGACCACACACCGACUCAGUGGACCUGGAAUGGCGCUCUGGUGUAGCAGGUCAUUUAAUUCUCUCAGAUGAAGAUCUUACAUCUGUCUGUCAGGACAACUGGAAACGUCUUAACACACUGCAGCAUUAUAAGGUUCCAGAUGGAGCCAUGGUUGCUUUGGUGCCAUGCCAUAGUAAACAUAUUCACCAUGACACCCAUGAUUACGUUGCAGGGGAGCAGACACCCAUGCUAGAGGAUGUGGAUGAGGGAGGGGUGAGGCUGUGGCAUCUGGUGAAGGCCAGUGAGGAGCCAGAUUUAACCAAACACAGACGAGGCAGUUUAAGAGAGCGAGAAAGAGCCAAGGCCAUACCAGAGAUCUACCUCACAAGACUACUGUCAAUGAAGGGUACAUUACAGAAGUUUGUGGAUGAUCUAUUCACAGUUAUUCUGAGCACCAGUCGACCGGUUCCACUGGCAAUCAAAUACUUCUUUGACUUGCUGGAUGACCAGGCAGUGCACCAUGGUAUUUCAGACUUGGAAACUAUUCACAUCUGGAAAACUAAUAGUUUGCCACUGCGUUUCUGGAUCAACAUUGUAAAGAACCCUCAGUUCAUCUUCGAUGUGCAGGUGUCGGAUAAUGUGGAUGCAGUUUUGUCGGUAAUUGCUCAAACCUUCAUGGACUCCUGCACUACCGCAGAGCAUAAACUCGGCAGGGAUUCACCUAUUAAUAAGUUGCUGUAUGCCAGAGAUAUCCCGCGCUAUAAACAGAUGGUUGAACGAUAUUAUGCAGACAUCAAGCAGACUAUCUCUGCCAGUGACCAGGAGAUGAACUCCGCUCUGGCUGAGCUCUCCAGGAAUUACUCCGGAGAACUGAAUUACCUGGUGGCCCUGCAUGAGCUCUAUAAGUAUAUAAACAAAUACUACGAUCAGAUCAUCACUGCUUUAGAGGAAGAUACCAUCGCUCAGAAGAUGCAGUUGGGCUACCGGCUUCAACAGAUUGCUGCAGCUGUAGAAAAUAAAGUGACAGACUUAUGAUCAUGGACAACAAUGUGAAAGACAUGGCCUUACAACAGAACAGGGAUGGACAGCCAUCGGGAGUGAUGGACUGGCCAUCAGUUGGAUAAUGAAGCGCUCAAGGUGGAUCCAAUCCAUCAGUUCACUGGUGGUAACAAUUGAAUGUGCUUCCACAGUUGCCAAGUUGCCUUUUUACCUGAAGCUGUUUAAAAGCAAUAACAUACCAAAACUGGCAGUUUAAUAAAAUGUUAAAGAAAAUACUUUUAGUGUCUUAGGAUAUUGUAAGUCAUAGUUUUUGUCUUUUUUUUAUUUGUGUCAUUAUUAUUAAAUUUUAUGCAGAAAAUGUACCUAUUACCUGUCAGAUAUCACUCAAAUAGGUCUCAUGAAAUAUGACUCUGUAAACUGUGGAGAAAAAGAUGCCAACGUGCACGGUCAGAUCCUUCGUUUAGCCAAACAGAACGAUUUCUGUCUGUCAGUCAUUGUGUGCAUUCACAGGGCAGCUCAUAUACGUUUUAUAAGUGCCGGUAUGGUGUCCUGCCUGAGGAAACGCCUCUCACCGAUCUGCUCCAUCUCUGACUACAAUGGUCUCCAAGUGUGUACGUGUCUUUGGAUUGUGGGGUUUUAGAAAGAGUCAGUCUGGCUAAUUCAACGACUAAGGCUUGUGGAAGUUCCAGAACGGCUAAAAUCGUUUACAGCACCUUUAACUAUGUCUAAUAAUACAAUCUCUUUUAGAUAACAUAGUCUAUUAGAUAGAUUCUCUGUUUUAUUUAGUGUAUAGUGAGUGUUUUCAAACAGGUCAUAUAACUUUAAUGUUAAUUAAUGUUGAUCUGUUGGUAUCUUUUAAUAAGCAUUUAUUAAUUCAGGGUGGCAGCAUCGGGUUUAAUUAAUGGGAAUGAAUUCAUAGGAAUGAUCUGUUAUCACAUCCUCUAACAUUUCAAUGGUAAGAAAUUGUAUAUUUUUACAUUUGAGAGACAUAAUGAUAUAGGUAAUUGUAAAGAUAGUAUUGCAAAACUUUAGCCAUCGAGUAAGAAAAUACGAUAUUGUAUGUACAACCCCAAUUCCAAAAAAGUUGGGACAGUGAUUUGUAAACUCUAUUCACCCUGUGCUAUAUUGAAAGCACUACAACAACACAUUAUUUGACAUUUUACCUUGUGAAUUUAUUAUUUAUUUAUUUUUAAAUAUACACUCAUUUCAAAUCAAAUGAUUGAAACACACUCCUAAAAAGUUGGGACAGUCGAGUGUUUACCACUGUAACACUGGACAUUGAAGUCGCAAGUUUAAGUUUAACAAGAGUGAUUGUCCCCCAUUCAUCCAUUAUACAGGUCUUCAGCUAUGCAACUGUACGGGACCUUCGUUGCCAUAUUUUGCACUUCAUAAUGCGGCAUACAUUCUCAAUUGGAGACAGUUCAGGACUGCAGACAGGCCAAUCUCUCACCCGCACUCUCUGCUUUCGCAGUCAUGCACUUGUAAUCCAGGCAGUAUGUGGUUUGAAGUUGUCCUGCUGGAAAAUGCAGGGACAUCCCUGGAAAAGAUGCCGCCUGGGUGGCAGUAUAUGUUGCUCCAAAAUUUGUACACAUCUUUUUGCAUUAUUGGUGCCCUCACAGAUGUGAAUGUUACCCAUGCCAUGGGCACUGACACACCCCCAUACCAUUACAUGUACCGGCUUUUGGACCAGACGCUAAUAAGAGUUUGAAUUGUCCUUUUCCUCUUUGAUCCGGAGAACACAACACAGAUUUAUUCCAAAAACUACUUUAAAUGUGGACUUGUCGGACCACAAAACAUGAUUCCUCUGUUCUACUUUCCAUCUCAGAUGAGACUGAGCCCAGAGAUGUCGGUGGCGCUUCUGGACAGUGUUGAUGUAUGGCUUCUCCUUUGCAUAGUAAAGCCUUCACUUGCAUCUGUGGAUGCAGCAACGGUAUUUACUGACAAAGGUUUACCAAAGUAUUCCUGAGCCCAUGUCAUAAUAUGGUUUUUAACACCAUGACGUCUGAGAUAUCGGAGAUCGUGCUCAUUCAGAAUUGGUUUUUGGCUUUGCCCUUUACUCAGCCUGAUUUGACCAUAUUCCUUGAAUCCUUUAACUAUGUUGUGCACUGUAGAUGCCCCAAAUCCUUCCAAUUUAUCUCUGGGGAACAUUGUUCUCUAAGCACUGGAUUAUUUGCUUACGCAUCUGUUGGCAAAUUACAUCCAUGCUCUUGAAGGACUAGGCUUUUUUUGGAGGCUCCUUAUAACACGAUUGCCUCACCUGUUCAACAUCACCUUGUUAUUUCAACUCCUUAGAUUGUUAUUAGUCCUACAUUGCCCCUGUCUCAACUUUUUUGUAAUGUGAUGCAGGCAUCAGUUUAGAAAAAACAAUUAUCUCUUCAAAAGCAAUGCUUUUGAUUAGGUAAAGCAUGAAGAACCUUGCCUUUCUACUAUUUUUGUUUGAAUUCAAGUCAAAGUACAUUUACAAAUCACUUGUUGGUUUUUACUGCCAUUUUGCAUAUUGUCCCAACUUUUUGGGAAUUGGGGUAGUAAAAUAAAAUUGUGCUUAUACUGUAUAUUUAUCAACGAUGGCUGCAGGUUACUUUAAUGUCUAUUUCAUUCUGCACAUUAUAUGUAAAUAUUCUAAUUCUUUGCAACUAACAUUUUGAUCAGAGACUAUUUUUAAACACUGAACACUGAAAACCUGAGAUAAAUAGAAAUUGUAAG